AUGGCACUUAAGCUAGAUAUAGCUAAAGCUUUCGACAAAGUUGAAUGGAAUUACCUUGAAGCUAUCCUGAAAAAGUUAGGUUUUGCAGAUAAAUGGUGCAAUUGGGUGAUGAAGUGUAUCACAACAGUAUCCUACUCAGUGCUUAUUAAUGGCUCCCCUUCAAAAAAGAUCAUACCACAAAGAGGAUUGAGACAAGGUGAUCCUCUUUCUCCUUACCUAUACUUGUUGUGUACAGAAGGGCUAUCAUCACUUAUUUCUACAUCUGUUAAAGCAAACCAUAUACAUGGCUUUAGAGCAAGCAGAAACGGACCCGCCAUUUCUCAUAUGCUAUUUGCUGAUGAUUCUCUUCUUUUUUGUAAAGCUGAUGAAGAGGAAUGUAACAAGCUUUUGGAUCUCUUGAAAAUUUACGCAUCAGCAUCAGGCCAACAUGUCAACUUUCAGAAGUCGGCUAUCCUCUUUGGUAAGAAUAUCCAUCCAAAUACUCAACAAAAUAUUAAGAAUCUCACGGGAAUUAUCAAAGUUGGAGGCUUUGGGAAAUAUCUAGGAUUACCAGAGGCAAUUGGAAGAGAUAAAAGUAAUGUGUUCACCUAUAUAUCUCAGAGACUGCAGAACAAGCUUAAUAGCUGGUAUUCCAAGUUUCUUUCACCUGGAGGAAAAGAAGUAUUGAUCAAAGUUGUUGCUACCGCCAUACCUACUUAUACAAUGUCAUGUUUUUUGCUACCUAAAAAAAUUACUGCUCAUCUUUCAGGGCAAAUAAGAAAGUUUUGGUGGUCCGGAGUCAAAGAUAAAUAUAAAAUUCCUUGGGUUGCCUGGAGUAAGCUGACCAGGCUAAAGCAGUAUGGAGGAUUGGGUUUUAAAGACCUUCAUCAGUUUAAUGUUGCUUUGUUGGCAAAACAAGCUUGGAGGAUGCUCAAAGAACCACAGUCUCUUCUUAGCAGAGUCCUUCAAGCAAAGUAUUUUUCAAAAUCUAAAUUGAUGGAGGCAAAUUUGGGGCAUCGUCCUAGCCACGCAUGGAGAAGCAUUCACCAAGGUAUACAACUUAUCAAGAAAGGUUUGAAGUGGAGAAUAGGGGAUGGUAAUACUGUUAGGAUAUGGAGUGAUCAAUGGAUUGACAAUCCCCCUCGCCCAGCCAGAAGGUCACACCAACACCACCAAAAUCUCAACUCUCUCAAAGUGGUAGACCUUAUGAAACCAAACACAUCACAAUGGAGUUCAGAGAGGUUACAUGAGUUAAUACAUCCAGAAGACAUCAAAUACAUUCAAAGGAUCAGGUCGAGCAUCUCUAAGGUACCUGACACUCCAACUUGGAUAUUUACAAACAAUGGGCACUACAGUGUAGGGUCUCUUCAUACUCCGCCGAAGAUCAAACACUUUUGGUGGCGAGCUCUCCAUAACGCUCUCCCAGUAGCUGAGACAUUAUCUCAAAGAUGCAUCAAGGUUCUAAGAGAUUGCAACCUUUGUGGCGAAGCACUUGAAUCUAUCACUCACCUUCUCUUCCAGUGCAGAGUAGCAAAAGAAAUAUGGGAACUUUCACCAAUUCCGAUUAACCCAGGUCAGCUUGAUCCUAACUGUUCUCUCAUUGAGUACAUUCAAAAGUUGCUAUCUCUUAAAAAUGAAGGCUCUCUGAAAGAAUAUAUUUUUCCGUUCAUUGGCUGGAGAAUUUGGAAAGCUCGUAAUGAUCUUCUUUAUAAUAACAAAAGAUGGGCAAUCCCAGAUAUUAUAAAUAAAGCUCUUAUGGAUUAUAGAUUAUGGAGGGAGGCUAAUAACGGUUUAAGGCUUCAUGUAGAUGCAACCACGGGGAAAGAAAAGAGUCAUGUUUCAACUAAUUGUGUUGGGUUAAACCAACCCUCGUCAUUUUACUGUUAUACAGAUGGAUCAUGGCUUAACAAUGAAAGUAAAGCUGGAAUUGGAUGGACUUUGCAUUAUGAUCACGGCAAAUGCAUUCUAAAAGGAUCUUCAUCAAUUGCACCCACAAAUUCAGCUCUUGAAACCGAAGCUUUUGCACUUAGAGAAGCUCUCCUCCAUAUCAAGCGUCUUGACUACCAUCCAGUAAUAUUUUGUGGAGACUCAAAGGUUAUAUAUACCUACUUGGAAAAAGCUCAAAAACAAGACUGUCUCUUGGAAGAUAUAGCAGAAGUACAAGGAUAUUUAGAGGACAUACUUGCUUUGAGUAGUAGCCUCCAUCAGUUUAGAUACGUUGGUAGAAAGUGCAAUGCACUUGCAGAUGUAUUAGCAAAAGAGGUUAGAAUCAAAAACUCUCCUCUGAUUAUCUCUUGGGUUUGUUAA